AUGACACGCCUCCUGGACGCAAGCUUUCUGCUUUUGCCUGUCAUUGCAUCAACAUUAUUCGGCACUGCGUCCGCACAAAGCACAUGUGCAACUAAGGGAAAGCCGGCUGGCAAGGUUCUUCAAGGAUACUGGGAGAAUUGGGAUGGAUCAGCUAAUGGUGUUCACCCCGGAUUUGGAUGGACGCCUAUCGAAAACCCUGUGAUCGCACAAAAUGGCUACAACGUGAUUAAUGCCGCUUUCCCAGUCAUCCUCUCAGAUGGUACGGCACUGUGGGAAGAUGGCAUGGAUGCUACUGUUAAAGUUGCGACACCAGCCGAAAUGUGCCAGGCCAAAGCAGCUGGUGCCACUAUUCUCAUGUCUAUUGGAGGUGCUACUGCUGGCAUCGACCUCAGCUCUAGUACUGUCGCCGAUAAGUUCAUCUCGACUAUCGUCCCAAUCUUGAAGCAGUACAACUUCGACGGCAUUGACAUCGACAUUGAGACGGGAUUGGUCGGAAGCGGCAGCAUUGGCACCCUGUCCACGUCACAGGCCAACUUGAUCCGCAUCAUCGAUGGUGUCCUUGCACAGAUGCCUUCUAACUUCGGCUUGACUAUGGCACCAGAGACGGCGUAUGUUACAGGUGGCAGUGUUGUGUACGGGUCCAUCUGGGGUUCUUAUCUCCCAAUUAUCAAGAAGUACGUCGACAACGGCCGAUUGUGGUGGCUAAACAUGCAAUACUACAACGGCGACAUGUAUGGUUGCUCCGGCGAUUCAUAUGCGGCCGGAACUGUUCAAGGUUUCACCGCACAGACUGACUGCUUAAACAACGGCAUCACUAUCCAAGGCACCACAAUCAAGGUUCCAUACAGCAUGCAAGUUCCUGGAUUACCUGCGCAAUCUGGCGCUGGUGGUGGCUACAUGACCCCAAGCUUGGUAGGCCAGGCAUGGGAUCACUAUAACGGCGCUCUUAAGGGUUUGAUGACGUGGUCAAUCAACUGGGAUGGAUCCAAGAACUGGACAUUCGCUGAUAAUCUGCUUACAAGAAUUUAA